GCAGAUGACAAACAUUGACCCAUAGUAGCAGAACUAGGGUUCUGAUGGCCCGCGCCGAGGUGAGGCAGCCGCUGCUAACGUGCUUUCUGCUCUCGUACAGCUUCUACGAUCCCUUGAGCUUCACAGGAGAAGUCCGACGACAGGCCAGAGAAAUAAAUGCGCUGAACAUAGGUCCAAAUAGUUUAUGCGACUUAGACGAUGCAAAAAAUUGCUUGCUGCUGCCAAAUGCAUCGGCGACGCGAAUUCCGAACUUGCGAUGAAAAUUGGCGAAGGCUCGAGGCGAACACGCUGGCUAUCGAUCUCUCCCGCCAGAGGCUGCCAAAUGGAUGUCAGUACGUGACGAAUGCGCCGACAUGUUCGGAAAAUAUCUGCGCUAGAGGCCAUAAGACUGCACACCCGUAGGAAGGAAG